UUUUCAUUCUGGUUUCUCUUGAUUUCGAGAACAGUUUGGCUUAGUUUUAAUCCGUUUUUAUAAUUUUAAAUAAAGUUAAGUUAAAAAUGCUCUGUCGACUGGUGGGAAAUAGCAAUCUGGGCGCUCGAUAUUCGGCCUCUAUCAAGGCCAUAGCGUGCUACUCCACGUCGGGAAAACAGCGGAAUGGAAAGAUCUACGAGUCGGCACUAGAUGCAGUAUCCGAUGUUAAGGAUGGCGCCAAGAUCCUCUUCGGAGGAUUCGGCAUCUGUGGUAUUCCGGAGAAGAUGAUCAACGCCCUCAAGCAAAAGGGAGUCAAGAAUAUCACUGGGGUUUCCAACAAUGGAGGGGUGGACGACACCGGUCUGGGCGUCCUGAUCAAGCAAAAGCAGGUGGCCAAGGUAAUUGGCUCCUAUGUGGGCGAAAACACUGAGCUGGUUCGUCAAUAUCUGGAAGGAGAACUGGCCGUUGAGCUGACUCCUCAAGGAACCCUUGCGGAGAAGAUUCGUGCUGGAGGAGCCGGCAUUCCCGCCUUCUACACGCCCACUGGUUACGCCACUCUUGUCCAGGAAGGCGGAGCACCCAUUAAAUACUCCAAAGAUGGCAAAGUGGAGAUCGCCAGCGAAAAGAAGCCCGUGAAGGAGUUCAAUGGAAGGAACUAUGUGAUGGAGGAGUCCAUCUUUGCGGAUUUUGCUUUCGUCAAGGCCCAGAAGGCGGAUGCCUUGGGCAAUCUGGUGUUCAACAAGGCGGCCAGGAACUUCAAUGCACCCAUGUGCAGGGCUGCCAAGGUUACCGUGGCUGAGGUAGAGGAAAUAGUGCCAAUUGGAGCCCUCUCCCCCGAUGAGAUCCAUGUGCCCGGCAUCUAUAUCAACCGCAUCUUCAAGGGUACCGACUACAAUAAGAGAGUGGAGCGCCUGAGAAUCACGGAGCCCAAGGACCCCAGCAAACCCACCCCGCCUCCUACUCCCGCCCAGGCUCUGCGUGAGCGAAUUGCCCGUCGAGUGGCUCUGGAGUUCCAGGACGGCAUGUACGCCAAUUUGGGCAUUGGCAUUCCCGUCCUCUCGUCCAACUACAUCCCCAAGGGCAUGAGCGUGAUGCUCCAGUCGGAGAAUGGAAUCCUGGGAUUGGGACCCUUCCCCACCAAGGAUCAGGUGGAUCCAGAAUUGAUUAAUGCCGGAAAAGAGAGCGUUACUGUGGUACCCGGAGCCUCCUACUUUGGCUCCGACGACAGCUUCGCCAUGAUCCGAGGUGGCCAUGUGGAUAUCACCAUUCUAGGCGCCAUGGAGGUGUCGGCCACCGGCGAUCUGGCCAACUGGAUGAUUCCGGGCAAACUGGUCAAGGGCAUGGGUGGAGCCAUGGAUUUGGUGGCUGCUCCUGGUACCAAGGUGAUCAUCACUAUGGAGCACAAUGCCCGCGAUGGUUCUCCCAAAAUCCUGGAUACCUGCUCCCUGCCACUCACUGGCAAGGGUGUGAUUGAUCUGAUCAUCUCCGAAAAGGCCGUUUUCGAAGUGGAAAAGGGUGUGGGUCUGACGCUGAUCGAGGUGGCCGAGGGUUUCACCGUGGACGACAUCAUCGCCAGCACUGGAGCCAAGUUCACAGUGUCACCCAAUGUCAAGCCUAUGGGCCAGAUUCCCGUUUGAUGAACCAUAUCCAGGACUGCCCAGAGAAGCUGCAAUACCUCAACUUGAGUGAUAAACGAGUGCAUUUAUAUUUUUUGUUGAUCGUGUGACAAAAACAUUUUUGUUGUUAAAAUAUACGUAGACCAUGUCAAAGC